AUGUCUGACGACGAAGCCGACCCCGAACUACUGGCCCUCUUGCGGCAGUCUCUAGGCCUGGGCGGACAUGGGCAGGCGUCCGCACCACCAUCGACAGGCGUCCUACGAUCGGCAGAAUACAUCUACGACAAUGCCAUCGACGUGGCCAUCUCCAGCAGCGGCACCAAGAAGGCAGCAGAGCACAUCUAUCGUCUCAUGCAAUCGAAAAGCUACUCAACAGGGACAUGGUCAACGCACGAACUCCACCCCAAGCUGUCCGAAACCGGCGAGGAGGAAACGGUGAACUUCAUAUUUACCAUGAACCUGCUGAAUUUCUCCUUUUGGUCAGAGCUGCCUGAGGGCGAGAGGUUCGCCAUCGAGUACAAGGGACGGAGGUGGACGGGAUACUGGUCCCUCAUCGCCGCACUGCAGAGAAGUUUGAACGAGGGUUAUCCGAUCACCAGUCCGGACUUCUGGCAGGACCGUGAUGCCUGCCCGGACAGUGUCCUGGAGCAUAUCUUCCGGUCCGCUACGCAAGAGCCGAUACCUCUGCUGGCAGACCGCAUCGCCAUCCUUCGUGAAGCGGGUUCAAUCCUCUACGAGCACUUCGGCUGCAAGCCAGCGAACAUCAUCCGCCGCGCGGACGGGUCCGCGGCAAGCUUGGUGAAUCUGCUCGUUCAAUACUUCCCCAACUUCCAGGACGUCGCCUCUUUCCAGGGGAAGGAAGUCCGUCUAUACAAGCGCGCGCAAAUCUUCGUGGCGGAUCUCUGGGCCUGUUUCCGGGGCACAUCGUACGGGUCGUUCUCCGACAUCGAUUCCCUGACCAUGUUCGCGGACUAUCGCAUCCCGCAAAUGCUGCAGGGGCUGCACUGCUUGCUGUACUCCCCGCGGCUGGAAUCCCGGAUCUCUCGGCGCGAGAUGCUCAAGGCGGGAGAGGAUAUGGAAAUCGAGAUCCGAGGCUGCAGCAUCUGGUGCGUGGAGUUGAUUCGAAGGGAGAUUCAGCAAAAGCACCCCGAGGCAAAAGGGAAGGUCAACGCGAUCCUCAUAGAUUUCUUUCUGUACGAUACGUGUAAGGAAAUGGAGAAAGGGGGUGAGAUCGAGGAGUUAUUGGCACACCACCGGACCAGGUCGAUAUUCUACUAG